CUCACGGCAGCUACAAAAGCCAAGUUCCUUCCUCUCUGCACCUCUCUCUUGUCAGGCACGGCGAUGAAGCCGACGUCGGUGGGGAGCCGCAUGGCCGGCGGCGAGGGGGCGAAGGAAGAGACGCCGCAGCUGUCGGGCCCCGUAGCGGCCAACCAUGGAAGGCAAGAAAGCAAGCCCCGCGAAGCAGGAGUCGUCGUUUCGUUUGGAGCCCGGUCGCCGGCGGCGGCGGCGCCGCGCCCGAGGAGGCUGACGACGGUGCUGGUGGUGGACAAGGCCAGGCUCUGCUGCUCGCUGUGCUCCCUCGCCUUGAAGCGCCCCAUCUACCAGUGCGCGGUGGGGCACCUGGCGUGCGGCAGCUGCCGCACGAAGCUCCAGGUCAACGCCUGCCGGACGUGCGGCGACCGCGGCGCCGCCUCCGCCUACGCGCUCUGCCCCGGCCUCGACGUCUUCUACGGCGAGCUCCACCUCCCGUGCCCCUACGAGCCGUACGGGUGCAAGAGCUACAUCCCCUACUACAAGGCCGCCACCCACCAGGGCGCGUGCGAGCACGCGCCGUGCCUCUGCCCGGAGCCCGGCUGCGCCUUCGCCGCCCCGCCGCAGGCGCUGCUCGCCCACCUCGCCGCCGCGCACUCCUGGCCCGUUCACAAGAUCCCCCGCUUCGGCGCCAUCCACGCGCUCCGCGUCCCGGCGGCGGGGCCGGACCGCCUCCUGGUCGUGGCGGAGGAGGAGGAGGUGAAGGAAGGGGAGGAGGACGACGGCGAUGACGACAAGGACGACGACAUGGAGGGCCCGGAGGUGUUCGUGCUGUCCGUGCGCGCGCGCGGCGAGGCCACCGCCGUGUCGGUGGCGUGCGUGAGGGCGAACGCCAGGGCCGGGCCGCAGUACAAGUGCGUGCUCUGGGCGAAGGCGCCGGCGACGCGUGGCGCGGCGGGGCGCGCGGCCCGCCGCCUGUGCAUGGAGACGGACGUGCCGAGCUGCGCGCAGCCCGGCGAGGCCGCCGUGGAGGACGGGAUGUGGCUGGGCGUGGCGCCGGUGAUGGUGCUCGGGGCGUCCAGGGAGAUCCACCUCAGCGUGCUCAUCGACAAGAUCUGACCGUGCCCUGGAAGCGGCCCUGCCCACCUCCGCCGUCGCCGCCUCUAUCGGGGGAGGGAUUCGUCUCCGUUCAAGUGUAGGAUUAGAUAGUGGUUUUCGUAGCAAUUCCGUGGAUGUCACUAAUGAAUUUGCGGUUCGACUGUGAAGUAGUAGUAGCUCCAAAGAACUGAAAUUUGCCCAAGGUUUUCACCGGUCUUAUGUGGAUGGUUGAUAUUUUGGUGUGAUCCACCUUAUAGUGUUCUCAUUGGUUCUGUAA